AUGGCUACCCCCACUCACACAAUGGUUGAGACAAGAGAGAAGAAGAGUAUCCGCCACCAGUACAACCACACCCGCCUCGCUUUUACGGUGAAAGUUCGCCACCGCAUGGCUAUUCCGUUGAAAAAAUCCGCCACCGCCUCCCUUGUAUGGCGGAAAUGCUCCACCGUCUCCCUAUUACGGGGAAAAUGCGCCACCUCCUCCUUGACUACUGCAAGUCAGCAAUGUUUAUCACAGCUCCCAAAUAGGGGGAGCAGAGUAUCCUCCGCCUCCGCCAAUUCUCUCUCAUCAAAGCGAAAUAAAUCCGCAUCACCAUCACCAAGAACCCAACUUCCUCUGUUUGUCCAUCACCGUAGCCACCAUAAACUGGAAUUCACUAACAAACCCUUUGUUAGGGUUUAUUCAAAUUUGACCAUCAGGGAUGGGAAGGUUAUCCUUGCCCUUUCCAAUCCAUCAAACCCAUUUCAGUGGGUUAAAGAUGAGAAGUACAGCACAAGAGUCGAGGACGAAGAGGGGUUCCCCAGCUUCGCAUUAAUUAAUAAAGCCACUGGUCAGGCCAUGAAGCACUCCAUUGGUGCCACCCAUCCUAUAGUAGCUGAGUUGAACACUACUGAGCCAGUUGAUCUAUCAAGUUGAGCUAUAGAUUGUCAAGCAUUGUAUGAACUAUCUUUUCAAUUUAAGAGUUCAUAUUUUGGGAUAGACACCUCUUUUGGUCAUAAAUCAGUUCCAUGUGUUGGGCUUGCUAUGUUUUGUAUAUAUAUUAUGCAUUUUGGGUACUGUGGUUUAGAAUUGUUGCAAAAGUCGAAUUGCCAGUGUUGUAUUUGAAUAGAUGAUAUUUUGAGGGGCCGGUGUACCCUAUUUCAAAUGAUAUGUACAUGUUUGGGAUAUUUGAUUUUA